AUGUCGGCAGCUGACGGGAUGGCGACCAUGACUACAACAACUACGGAGCCAAUUGGGAUUUCCAAUCUGCCGAACCAGCGUCACAAGAUUGCCUCGAAGAAAGGCGCCAACUUCACCUUGAUGGUGGCUGGCAGCAGUGGUCUGGGCAAGACAACUUUGAUCAACACGCUUUUUCGCACCGAGCUGGCGCUUGGGCAAAACUACGCGCAGCGCUAUACGAAGCAGCUCUCCAGGUCUGUUGAGAUUGACAUUAUCAAGGCCGAGCUUGAGGAGAAGCAGUUCCGCGUGAAGCUCACUGUGAUCGACACGCCCGGGUUUGGCGACUACGUGAACAACAAGGACUGCUGGAUGCCCUUGGUCGAGUUUUUGGACGACCAGUACGAGCUGUACAUGCGCCAGGAGCAACAGCCGAACCGCAAAGGCAUCUCCGACCCCCGCGUGCAUGCAUGCUUGUACUUUAUCGAGCCUACCGGACAUACGCUCAAGCCGAUAGACAUUGAGACGAUGACGCGUCUCUCCCAGCGUGUCAACUUGAUCCCUGUGAUCGCCAAGGCGGACACGAUGGUGCCGCGCGACCUUGCACUAUUCAAGGAGCAUGUACGCGAGGCGAUCCGUAUCCACGGCAUUCAGGUCUUUUCCCCGCCUAUGGAUGCGAUUGACGAAGCGAGUGCCGAGCAUGCACGGGCAUUGAUGGCCAGCAUGCCAUUCAGCAUUAUUGGUAGCAACAAGGACGUGAGGACGCCCGAUGGACGUGUUGUUCGUGGCCGUGAAUACCUUUGGGGCGUCGCCGAGGUGGAGAAUGAAAACCACUGCGACUUUAAGAAACUGCGCUCCUUGCUGAUCCGUACGCACAUGCUCGACUUGGUCUCCAACACUGAGGACCUCCACUACGCAAACUAUCGCCAGGGGCAGAUGGAGAUGCGCAAGUUUGGCGAGCCCAGGAUGAAGAAGACGGAUAACCCACGCUUUAAGGAGGAGGAAGAGAAGCUCCGACGCAAGUUUACAGAGCAGGUCAAGCUCGAGGAGAGCCGGUUCCGCCAGUGGGAGCAGCAUCUCAUUGCUGAGCGCGACCGUCUUAACAAGGAUUUGGAAACUGCGCACGGUUCGAUCAAGCAGCUCGAGUCUGAAAUCGAAUCCAUGCAGCUCUCGCGCAGCAGGAGGUGA